AUGCUUUGGAAGUUGCGUGGUGAUCAAUUUGUAAUAUUACUUUUUUUUAUAAUAUUUUUUGGAAAUGUAUUUUCUCAAACUAUAUCAAUUCAAAAUCCACAAAAUCUACAUUGGUACCAAGUUUAUAAUGAUCUACAAGAUGGUAUUAAUGCAACUUUAAUAUGUUCACAAAAAACAUUUACAGAUUCUACAACUGGUGAAGUUUUAAGAGGAUACUUAGCAACAUUUACAUCUGAGGAAGAAUGGAAUUGGGCAACUGCAAAUAAUGUUGUUAAAGCUGCUGCAUGGUUAAGUGGUAGUGAUGGAAUAAAAACAGGUGUUUGGGCAUGGUCAAAUGGAUCACCAGAAGGUGGUCAACCAAUGUAUAAUCUUUACUUUGAUAAAUGUUACACAUUUUGUUUAUUUGGUAAUGUUGAACCAAAUUUAAUUCUUAAUGAACAUUGGGUUCAUACUUCUGGUAGUAAUGGUGUUGCAUAUUGGAAUAAUAAUAAUUAUAAAGCAUCAAUUCCAAAUUAUAUUUGUGAAUUUGGUGGAUUGGAAGAACCAUUUAUUCCAACUUCACCAACACAAGGUUCAAAAGUAAUUGUAUCAAAUUUAUCAGCAUAUAAGAUUGCAAGUUUAAAAAUCACUUUUACUAGUCGUGAUACCAGUUCAACAUUUUUAUGUAGUGGUAUCACACAAAUUAAUUCAACCCAUGCUUAUUGUAAUAUACCAGUUGGUCAAGGUAAAUAUAAAUAUGUAGUUACUGAUGGAAUUAAAACAAGUAAAGUUCAAUAUUGGCAUUAUGAACUACCAUAUGUUGGUGGAGUUUUUACAGCAUUUACAGCUGGUCAAACAGUUACAAUUACAGGUGCAAAUUUUGGUACUGAUAAUAGUAAAAUUUCAAUUGUUUUAGGUGGAUCACCAAAUGUAACUUGUAAUUCAAUUAAAAUAACUCAAGCUCAUGAAGCUUUAACAUGUGUUUUAGGUGGAACAAUUACUGAAAAGUUUUUACCAGUUACUAUUGAUGUAUCUGGAUCUAGAUUUAUAUCUUAUAAAGCAGCUGUUUAUUAUCCAACAAAUUUUAGAUAUUAUUCAGGUUUUGUUAGUUCAUCAACAUUUGAUCUUUCAAUGAAUAAUUAUAGUGCUCAAUUAAGAGUUGAUGGUCAAGUUGGUCAUAUUGGUGUAUUUGAUUCACAAGCUUUAGCAACAUUUAUUGCAGCAUCUUUACCAAUACCAGUUACUAAACUCGAAUGGUUAUUAUGGCAAAAUGUGUAUUAUGAUCCAGCAGUAGCUUCAUUUAAAUAUUUAACAGGCCCAAAAAAGAAUACAAAUUGUCCAUUAUAUUAUACAAAUACAGCAAUUGAUAAAUCAUCAUGGAGUACAGCAACAAGAUUUAUUAUUUUUGCAAAUAAUUUCACAAUAAUGGCUUAUGGAGGUAGUGCAAGUACAUUUACAGAAUUUGGUGGUGAAGGUCCAACUUUUACAUAUCCAAAUAAAGUUUAUUAUGUUAGUCCAGCCGGUGGAGUUGUAAAUUUACAAAUCGAUAAUUAUGGUACAGUUUUCAGUCAGAUUGUUGUAACUUUUAAUCAAGUAACUCAAGUUCCAUUUGUAAGAGAUUUCAUUGCUGGUGAAUUAGACACUACUAUUCCUGCAGGAUUUGAUGGUCCAUAUAGUAUUAGUGUUAAAGUUGAUGAUUUAACAACACCACCAAAUACUCAAAGUAUUCAAUAUUAUGCACCAGUUAUUAAAUCAAUCACUAGAAUUCCAACUACUGGUGGCCUUGUAACUAUUAGUGGUGAUUAUUUUUCAAAUGUUAUAACAAAUUCAAUAAUUACAUUUGGUUCAAUUCAAUGUAUUAAUCCUGCAAUGCUAACUGCUUAUAGUGCAAUGACAUGUACAUUACCAGCUGGAACAGGACAACAAUCUGUAACACUUCAAGUUAGUAAACAAAUAUCCCCAGCUUACCUUUAUUCAUACGCUUCACCAGUGAUUACAAGUGCUAAUAAUGUUCCAAAUAUUGGUGGUUCUUUAACAAUUGAUGGUACAAAUUUCGGUACUAAUCCAGCUGUUAUUAAAGUUACCGUUGGUUCUUAUUCAUGUGGUAAUGUUGCAAUGGUAACACCACAAACUAGAAUCACUUGUGUUAUGCCAUUGGCAACUGCUACAAAUUAUAAUUUGGUUGUUACAGUUUCAAAUCUUGAUUCAAAUGCUUAUCCAAUGUAUGUUUUCACAUCUGCUCGUGGAAUUACUCAAGUUGGCGCCGAUAUAACUAUUGAAGGUACUGGUAUGCCAAGUACAUCAUUACUUAGCAUUUUAUUAGGUUCGGUUAAUAUUUCAACCUAUUGUAACGGUGGUGGUAGUGAAAUUAAAUGUAUAAAUUUACCAACCUCUGUAGUUAGUGGUAAUUUACAAAUGAGUAAAGGUACUACCGAUAUUUAUCCAGUGAUUGCAUUUACAUUAUCACCUUAUAUCUCUGCAAUUUCAAAUCAAAUGUUAGACACAAUAUCAAGUACAACCAUAACUUUAACAGGUCGUUAUUUUGAAUCUAAAACAUUUGAAACUACAAAUACAAUUGUAGUAGCUCAAGAUGGUGAAACAUUACCAAGUAGUUCAUAUAAAUUAAUUAAUCCUCAAACAAUGGAAGUUUAUAUUAAUGGUGGUUUUGGUGCUAAUCAUAUUUUAUAUAUUUUGGUUGGUGCUAGAUCAUCGAAUGGAGCAAUUUACUCUUUCUUUGCACCAGAAUUAAUAUCAAUUUCACAAGUUGGAAGUAAAGUGACAGUAUCUGGUAGAAACUUUAGUAGUGAUCCUUCUUUUACAACUUUAACAUUUGGUGCUUAUAAACCAACUUUAACUUUAAUCAAUAGUAAUACAAUAACUUUUGAUACAACAUCAGUGUCUAGAAAUGGUGAUGUUUACGUUUCAGUAUUAAAUCAAAAAUCAAAUACACUUAAUUUUAGAUUAACUCCAUCCUUAGAUUCACAAAUUUUACCAAAACCAAAUAUAAAUGGUCCAACUCCAAUUACAAUUACCGGUCAAUAUUUAUAUAAAGUAGAUGCAACUGGUAAAGCAAUUGCCUUGGAUUUCUAUUAUCAAUUUACAACCGUUGAGAAUACACCAGCAAAAUUAUUAGAUUGUACUUCAUCUGUUGAGAAUAAAUAUGUUUGUAGUAUGGUUUCAGGUUAUGGUUAUUUCAAUAUUUAUGCAAUUAGUGAUGGUACAAUUAAAACUAAUGUAAUUAGUGGUUUACAAUAUGUUUCACCAAUUGUUGGUAAUGUUUCAUCCAUUUAUUAUCAAGAACCUGGUAUUGUUAAAGUUAAUGUUUCAAAUAUUGCAACUGGUCAAACUAAAAUUAGUAUUGGUGGUGAUGAUUGUUCAAGUGUUACAAUUAUCGAUUCAAAUACUGCUCAAUGUUAUUUCCAAGCAAAUACUCUCUACCCAGAAGGAAAAAAUUCAUUAAAUUUAUCAGUUGUAUCUGCUGGUUUAAGUGGUUAUAAUGAUAAUGCUUUUGUUUAUCUUCCAUUAUUUUCAUGCCCAAAUGAUUGUUCUGGACAUGGUACUUGUGAUCCAAAAACUGGUUUAUGUCAUUGUGAUACAAAUUGGAAUAAAACUGAUUGUUCAAAUGAUAUGACUUUAAUUGAUUGUCCAAAUAAUUGUUCUGGUAAUGGUGAAUGUAAUAGAAAAACUGGUUUAUGUUCAUGUACUCAAGAAUGGGAAGGUAUUGAUUGUUCAAAUAGAACUUGUCCAAAUAAUUGUAAUGGUAAUAAUGGUGAAUGUAAUGUUUUAACUGGUUUAUGUUUAUGUACUCCAGAAUGGGAAGGCAUUGAUUGUUCAAAUAGAACUUGUCCAAAUAAUUGUAAUGGUGAAAAUGGUGAAUGUAAUGUUCUAACUGGUUUAUGUUUAUGUACUCCAGAGUGGGAAGGUACCGAUUGUUCAAAUAGAACUUGUCCAAAUAAUUGUAAUGGUAAUAAUGGUGAAUGUAAUGUUUUAACUGGUUUAUGUUCAUGCACUCCAGAAUGGGAAGGUAUCGAUUGUUCAAAUAGAACUUGUCCAAAUAAUUGUAAUGGUGAAAAUGGUGAAUGUGAUGUUUUAACUGGUUUAUGUUCAUGUACUUUAGCUUGGGAAGGUAUUGAUUGUUCAAAUAGAACCUGUCCAAAUAAUUGUAAUGGUAAUAAUGGUGAAUGUAAUGUUUUAACUGGUUUAUGUUCAUGUACUCAAGAAUGGGAAGGUAUCGAUUGCUCAAAUAGAACUUGUCCAAAUAAUUGUAAUGGCGAAAAUGGUGAAUGUGAUGUUUUAACUGGCUUAUGUUCAUGUACUCCAGAAUGGGAGGGUAUUGAUUGUUCAAAUAAAACUUGUCCCAAUAAUUGUAAUGGCGAAAAUGGUGAAUGCAAUAUUUUAACUGGUUUAUGUUCAUGCACUCCAGAAUGGGAAGGUAUUGAUUGUUCAAAUAGAACUUGCCCAAAUAAUUGUAGUGGUGAAAAUGGUCAAUGUGAUGUUCUAACUGGUUUAUGUUCAUGUUUAAAUGGAUUUGAAGGUAUUGAUUGUUCUAAUAAAACAUGUCCAAAUAAUUGUUCAAAUAAUGGUCAAUGUGAUAAAUCAAAUGGUAAAUGUUUCUGUUAUUCGAAUUGGGGAGGAAGUGAUUGUAGUAUUGUAACCACACGAAAACCAGAUCUUCCACCACCAAUUAUCGAUGAAAAUGGUCAAACUAUUUUCCCAGGUAUUAAUUUAAAUAUCAGUGUUUCAAUUACUCAUUUACGUGAAAUUGAUAUUAAUGAUGAAUCAGUUAAAGUUUUAAGAUUAAGAGAUAUUGUUUGGGUUGAAAGAUCAAAUAUUUCAUCAAAUUAUUUCUAUUAUAAAGGUACAUUCAAAAAUGAUUCAGCAAUAUUUGAAUUGGUUAUUAAAUAUUUCCAAAAUGCCGAUACAAUUACAUUUGCAGGUGAACAAUUAGAUAUGCCUGAUAACUCUAUCAAAUAUCAAGUUACCAUUUCAAAUUGGGAUUUCGCAAGUGAAACUAAUAAUUUACAAGCAGUCUAUUACUCUAAAACCGGUUUAGUAACAAAACAUAAAUGUGAUGAAAUAGUUUCAUCAUCAAUAGUUGGUACCAAUGAUUAUCAAAUUAAUACUGGCGAAGCAGAGUUUAAUGCUAAAUUUGCAAGUAAAGUAAUUGUAGAUAAAAACCUUUAUUCCUCAACAUAUAUUACUGCACUUCAAUCAGAUGAUCCACUUUAUAAUGAUAUUGGUUCAAAUGUAGAUUCCGACUAUAGUUUAUUAACUGCAAUUAUGACUCCAUAUUUCCGUAAACAAGUUGAAUUAGAUCCACUCUUUUCAAGUUUAAUUAAAACAAGUGAAAAAGUUUCAGAAUGUGAAACAACUGAAAAAUGGAAAAUUCCUGUAAUUGUAGUUCUUUCAGUUGUUGGUGGUGUUUCUGUUGCAACUGCUGGCUUUUUCGUUACAAAACAUAAAUUAGCUUCUAAAAAAGCUAAAGAUUCAAUCUCAAUGUCAACAAGAAGUUAA